AUGUUCAUGAUCAUUCGAGAGUCGUCCGCCGGAGGAGGCGGUGGAGCGAUGAGCGCGCCACAGGAGAGGAGUGCAAAACAGGUACAGGCCGCCAUCAAGAAGAAGAUGGAGAAGCAGAAGAAGCGAACCAACGAGCAGGGAGGUGGCGUUGGAGAGGUUCAAACUGCUACACCUCAGCUUCCUCGCCACCAGAAAUUCGGUCAGUUGACCCAGACGACAGCGGCGGCCGCUGAGGACAGAAAGACCCUGGAGGAGGAGCUGGAGGAGAUGAUGGAGGGACCACAGGGGAGAGAGAGGCAGAACGAGGAGGACGGGGAGCCUGUCGACCUGCUGCCCAUCGUGGACUCUAUGUUUGGACAGGACAGAGAGCUGAGACCAGAGGAGCUUGACGAGCUCCGUGAGGCGUUUGUGGAGUUUGAUAGAAAAAAAAAAGGCUACAUCAGUCACAAUGACCUCGGGGAAUGUAUGAGGACCAUGGGAUACAUGCCGACAGAGAUGGAGCUCAUCGAACUGAGCCAGCAGAUCUGUGGAGGUAAAGUGGACUUUGAGGACUUUGUGGAGCUGAUGGGACCCAAGUUGCUGGCAGAGACAGCAGACAUGAUCGGAGUCAAAGAACUACGAGAUGCAUUCAAAGAGUUUGACUCUAAUGGUGACGGCCAGAUCAGUUUAACUGAGCUACGUGAAGCCAUGAAGAAGCUGAUGGGAGAACAAGUGACCAACAGAGAGAUUAACGAGAUCCUCCGAGAUGUCGACCUCAACGGAGAUGGUCUGGUGGACUUUGAGGAGUUUGUUCGAAUGAUGUCCCGCUGAGCCGCCCACAUGUCGGAUGGACAGACAGACAUUAUGCAACUGCUGGAUUAGAGAACACACUACAUCAUAGUGGACAUCCUUCAUCUGCUCUUAUGAGCACACAUCUAAAAUUGUAUUUUUAUAUUGAAUACUGAAAAAAGAAAAAUAUGCUUUGAAUAGACAAAUAGUAUCCAGCCUACAACUAAAAUGACUAUCCACAUCUGAACUCCAGGUGCAACACAAAGAUAAAGUACUUUAACAUAUCAAAUGCUUCAUAGACAACAUUUAUGACUUUGUGUUUUUUAGAUGUAUUCUUUUGUAUAUCAAUGUUUGAGCUUUGAGUGUAACAUCUUGUUUGUUAAACUGUGAAAAAAAUAUUUUGUUAAUUAAAGAAAUGUACAAAAAUA